GAGAAGCCAUUUUAAGAAGCCAUUUUAAUUUGUAAUGUUGAAAUGAGACAUUUAUGGCAUUCAGCCAACACUUUUUAGGAUUUGUUUGCUGUUCCGACAAUGCAUAACCUGGAGAAAUGCUCUCCUGUUUUCCAGCUGAACCUGUUUGUAAUUGAACAUUCCUGGCAUCUUUCUUUCUCUUGCAACUGUGUUGUAACGUGUAAGCAUCCCAUGUGGAAUAGUUGGAAUUACAACAUUGUACUCAAGAGGAAUUCCCUUUCUAAAUGGAAGUUAACUUGAUUUGAAAGGGAAUUUAAUGCAGUGAUAAAAAUUUGUGGGCUGUUACACCCAGUUGGCUUCCCUGCCAUAAAUUAUGUCACAAGGGCGUCGCAGCCGCAAACCAUCAUGCCCGUUGAUUCGGCGUUGGGACAAGAAGCGAGCGUGUGAGCGUCCCACCCCACCUUGGUCCCUUCCCGGCCGGCCUCGGCCACUUCUGCUGGGAUGAACAUGCCACUGCACCAAAUUUCUGUCAUCCCCCGCGAUGUCACCUCGUCGCGGCUGUCGGGCGGCGGAGGAGCCGGUAAAGCUAAAGACAAGGACAAACAGAAUGAAAAACCUCUGGGCCAUUCGGCGAGCAGAUCCAGCAAUAUAUCAAAGGCCGGCAGUCCCACUUCAGUCAACGCGCCGUGCAGCUUCUCCAGAACGUCGGUUUCACCCUCCAGCCAAGACAUCUGCAGCAGUGCAGAUGAGGAGCGUCAGAAGCAGACCGCAGUGGUUCUCUUGGCUCCUAACGGUAAAAGCUCGGAAGGUCGCGGCGGUGUCGCGGUGACCACCGUCUGCACGGACUCGCCGCCCGCCUCCAAACAGCGGGAUUGGCUCUCACUGCUGCGACCCACCUUGGGCGGGGCGGGCCCCCACGGCCCGCUCCGUUUCUCGGCGUCGCUCAACGACGUGGACCAGCGCGUGGACGGCCUGUGUCGCGGCCUGCACUUUAUCGACCGCACCUGCUCCGAGAGCGAGCUGGAGACCAAGGCCGGGGACGCCGCCCAGCCUCUAGACGACUCUGAACUGAGGACGGUGGACGCCGGAGUCAACGGCGGUCCAAAGCUGAGUCGGGACGUCUCGGCGCACACCCACCUGGUCCCUUCCUUUACCAACAACUACAAGUACAUGCUGAGCCCUUCCGUCCCUCCACCGCCUCCACCACCACCACCUCCUCCUGAUCACCUCCACCCCUCCCCCAGCGCCAACUUCCUCCGCCUUUUCCUCCCCUUCUCCCGAUCGUCAACCGCGUCCAGCCUGCCAAAGUCCUCCAGCGCCAUCAUGGAAGGCAGCGAGUUGGAGUUUGCCCCCGAGGAGAUGGCGAAGAGCAUUCAUUUGGCACCGCUUUGCUACAUGGACGAGGACAACGACCUGGACCGCUGCCCGUCCCCUAUGUCGGAGAAAACGGAACCGAUGUCGCCCUUUUCGCUGGCAGGCGACUGUUGCAGGAUCUGUCACUGUGAAGGAGACGACGAGAGCCCACUGAUUACGCCGUGCCACUGCACGGGCAGCCUGCGCUUCGUUCACCAGUCGUGUCUGCAGCAGUGGAUCAAGAGCUCGGACACGCGCUGCUGCGAGCUCUGCAAGUACGAGUUCAUCAUGGAGACCAAGCUCAAGCCUCUGCGCAAGUGGGAGAAACUUCAGAUGACGGCGAGCGAGCGGCGGAAGAUCAUGUGCUCGGUCACUUUCCACGUCAUCGCCAUCACGUGCGUGGUGUGGUCGCUCUACGUGCUCAUCGACAGGACUGCGGAUGAAAUCAAACAAGCCCGGAGUAUUCCAGGCAUUAUGGAGUGGCCCUUCUGGACCAAGUUGGUGGUGGUGGCCAUCGGCUUCACUGGCGGCCUGGUGUUCAUGUACGUGCAGUGUAAAGUCUAUGUCCACCUGUGGAGGAGACUCAAGGCCUACAACCGCGUCAUCUACGUGCAGAACCGGCCGGACUCGUGUAAAAAACUGGCUCUGGAGAAGCCACCGCUCUUGGAGCCCAGCGUGGACCACAAGGACACGCUGGCCCCCGCCCAUUCCGACACAAACUCCUCGCACUAUACAGAGACAGAAGACUACAGUAUGGAGGUGCUCCACGUGUGACAUGAAGGUAUUGAACAGGGAUCUCAACUGAUUAAUUCGCAUUGAUCCACAGAGACAGCAGAGUUCUUGCCUCUUUGUUAGGGUGCUGGUUUUAGGGAACUCAAAACUGGGCACCCAAACAUAAAUUGUGUGACGGAUUAUCGGAACUUUUUCAGUCAAAAACUCAAGUUUGAUAGAAAGAUGAGAACACAAACACACACUUUCACCAUAGUAAAUGUUCCGUUUAUAAAAAUAGCCACCAUAAGUCUUUGACUUUGCUGCCAUAAUAAGCGAGGGGUUAUUCUAUUUUCUAUCAAAAUGUUCCCACAAAAAAAUUCUACUACUUGAAAAUGUCAACAUUUCUGCCAUACAUGCAUAGAAAGAUGAGAAACACAAUCGAUUAAAGUGAGAUCAAGCAGAAUAACAACACACACACACACACACACACACAGUUGAGUUUUGAGAGUUAAUUUGUUGAGUCUCGGACAAAAAGUCAUGGAUCUGUGAUGUCACUGGGUCCACCAGAUCUCAGUCCACCACCACGUGGAUGCACAUCGAAGCGCUUUCUUUGGUUUCUUAGGCGGACAGACACAAAAGGCUAACAUCUGAAGAACACAAAAACUUUUAACCAGGAUGUGAUUUCCCUUUUUCUUUUGGGGAGGAAAAAAAAAAAAAACAUCCAAACUUUAUGAAGCGAAUGUACACUUUUUUUGGUAAACACAAAACCUAAAAAAA